AUGGAGGGAGAGCUGUCUGAUAUAUUACAGAAGUUUUCCCUUGAAGGGAAUGAGCUGGUAGGACUCAUGCUAGAGGGGGAAGACUUUCAAACUGGCGUGAGAGCUUGUGAAAACAGUAUCAUUGGGAGAGUUUUAGGAGAAAAAGUCAUUAAUUUCACUGGUAUUAAAAACUUUGUGGCUGUGGCCUGGGGGUAUCCCAGGAAUUUGUCUGUGGUGGAACUGGGACCAAAUGUGUUUCAGUUUAACUUACAAAACUCAGAAGAUAAAGAUAGAAUAGUGGAGGGAGGGCCUUGGGUUAUAGAUAACCAGAUGCUUGUUCUUAAAAGAUGGGUGGAAGGCAUUGAAGAUGACUAUAAAGCUUUCGUGACGGCACCUCUUUGGGUGCAGCUCUGGAAUCUGCCAGUUCAUUGGUUGUCUAAGGAGAUUGGAAGAAAGAUAGGGGGAGUGUUUAAGGAAGUUAGAGAUGUUGUGAUCCCUCAGGUGGGUGGCAAAGAGGGUAGGCAUCUGAAGGUCUUAGUCAUGGCGGAUCUAUCUAAACCUCUUCUUAGAGGUACUGUGGUCAGAAUAGCAGGAACUGGCAAAUGGAUAGCCUUCAAAUACGAAAGGUGUCCUGAUUUCUGUUAUAAUUGCAGAAUUGUGGGACAUAGUGAAAGGUCUUGCAAAGAUAGGAGAUUGCUAGGAGGGAAUACUGAUGAGAAUCAGUAUGGUCCCUGGAUGAGAGCCGGAAAUGUCAGGGUCUCCCCUCAGAAAAAAACUGCUAGAGUCUCUGAACAUAGUGAUAGACAUUACUGGUCCUUUAGGAAUGGGGAGUUGGUCGAACAGGAGAAAAUUAAAAGGCAUAGCAAUCAGAGUCUGCUGGAGGUCCUCAAGGCCACUGGCAGUGGUGGGGGUAGUAACCAGGAAGGUGAAAGUGAGUCUCUUAAGGUAGUCUCUCAUAAUAGAGUAGAGGGUCAGGUGAUAGGCGACAAGGAGGACUUAGAGCUACCUCAGUUUAAUCAAGAAGGGGAAGACCUCCAGCUUUCUCAUAUAGAGGAAGAGAUGGAGGAGGAUAUAGUUGAAGUAGUGCACAACCAAAUCCAGGAGUCAAGAGUCUUAGAGAAAGAAUCAGAGCUCGUAGUGUUUCACCAGGAAACCCAAGGCGAAAAUAAGAUGGUGGGGUUACUGGACAGACAGACCAGGAGAACUUUUAGAAAGUUAAAGACUCCAGCUAGAACCAGAAGACCUUUACAGGUGAUACAGGUUAAUGCUAAUCCUCAGGUGAACGUGGGGAAGAGGAAGAUCCUGCUUAGAGAUGAAGUGAUGGAGGAUGCAUAUCAGGAUAUGUGUCAGUGGAAAAAAACCAAACAGUUGGAGGAGCUGUAUUUUGAGGGGGAUAAGGAAAAUGAGGAGAGGUCCUUCCUUAAUGGGACCUCCAGGUGUAAAUGA